GGGCAUCAGGAUCUGUUAUUAUCAACCUCGCAAGCUCCCCUCCUGAGGAUUCGUUUGCUCAUCCUGAGAGAAGCAGGUGCAGAGAGACCGCUGUGUUAGCAGCAUAGUGGGAAAGAAUUAAUCAACAAACUCCAAAACCCGACCGGAUAUUGGAUACCACAAUAUGCGGUUAUGACGUAUGACGCUUUACACAUUCCUUUUUAUUCUCCCCACUUUUUUCAUUCUUAAAUAAUUACAUUUUCUUAACUUUGCUCCAGUAUUUUAUCUUUACAAACGAUUUAUUAACAAUGGCCAAAUCCACCUACACUUGGUAUACCGUUGUCGCUCUGGCUCUGAUAGGAUCAUGUGCGAUUGCAGGUCUCGGUCUCAUUGCCAUUUCUGGAUACGAUUUUGCGCUAACCUUUUCCGAGGAAAAAAUGGAAAACAAAAUAAUCGCAGAGAUCAAUCUAAUCAAGGAAAUUGACUGUACGGGCUAUCACAUGGGGAACCACUCGUACUCUUUUGGUCGACGUCCAGAAACGUGUCGCGAUGAAACCAGUCAGAAGGAACCACUCCAAUUCGAAGGGGCUCACACAUACAAACUCAUCUUGAUCUUGUGCCUCUUGGCGAUGAUGAUAUUAGGAUUUGUCCAGUUUAUUGGCUCAACGUAUGUGGUGUGCUCUUGCAGUAAUGGACGUCUCCGAUCAAACGUGAAAGCUUGGCUAAUUUCAGGCAUUUUCAUCUUUCUCAUCGGACUCCUCGGUCUCAUAGUUCCGUUGAGCUACGAUGUUAGUGAGGCCAAACACUUCAGCCUCUCUGGAUUCUCGUCCUAUUUGAAGAAAAAGUUUGGUGCCUUGGUCAACUUGAGGGGUUUGGAGGAAGCUCAUCAACACCUAUUUUUUGUUGCGGUCGGGUGCAAUGAAUGUCUUUUAUUGGUCACGGUACUCCUGCUGACGGCCCUUCUUCCAUGUGGGACGCAACCGUACGAGUCGGUUUACGGUGGACGGUGAACAAUUAAAGAAUUUGAUCCCUUUUCUACGUGCUGUUGGAAUUGUGUUGCAUUAUUUACGUUGUAUUAAAUAUAGUUAUUUAUUAUCUGUAGGUGAAAUCUAUCUGUUUGGGAAUUUCCAUUAUUUUUUCGUUAUACUGAGAAAAUGACCAAUGACAUUGUAUCAUGACAAGUUGACCCGUGCUAAUGCGAAGGUCAAAUUGUUCAGUGUCAUUUAAACUUGUAUUUUAAUGUAUUUAGCGUGUAUUUACUAUGAUGUACAGAGUAUGUAUAUAUAAUAUAAUAACUGCAUUUGUACUGGCUUGACAUCACGAUUUAUUCUUAUUUUAAUUCAUUUUAUGUUCAAUUUGUAAUUCGUCAUCACGCAACCUAACUUCCGGUAUUCACAGUUUCAGAUUGAUCUGAAAAAUAUACUUAUUGAGUUUUUGUUGCUGGUGGGAGGUUGUAGUUUAUCCAGUUUUUCUGAUCACAUUGGAUACAUGCAUGUACAUAUACGCCCUAAUACGUAUAUAUACCGAAUAAAUACGUCGUAGAUUUUAUUUUCGAGUGAAAUGAAGAAUUUUUUAGUCUGUCGACAUUUUUCUUUUGUGUUAAUACUUUCAAGCAUAUUGGUCUCUCCAUCUUUGGGUAAUAAACGACUGGGUGUUGGAUUCAACGAACCGGAACGCACGAUUUUCAGGGAUGACUACGGAACAAGCUUGACCGAUUCGGAUUGUCCAACUCGAGUUGAUGAAAAUCCGAAGUUUACAUUUUCCAAUGAGACCCAUUCGUAUCCUAGCUAUUAUUUUUCACUCUACUGUGUGGCACGUUAUCCAGUUGCAGUAGAGUUUGAUGGAGCUAAGGCACUUCUCUCAACUGUAAGAUUCUUAGUGGCCAACGCCAACCCAGAAAACAUGACAAAUGCCUGCUACGUGAUCCAAAUAAGUCAACAAUUGUACCGAGAUUCGGUCAGUCCUGUAGGAAACUUUACUUGUCGAAGUAUUCACGAUCCCACAAAGUCGUCUUCAAAAUACAUAUUUGCCCAGAGCAGUUGGGGUUGGAGAUAUCAAGGUUCAUUCAAUAUUCGAAAAGAUCAAGUCGUUUACGUGAAUGAGAAUUCUGUGACCAGUUUUGUAAUUCCUUGCAUUGCGAAUAAACCAACUGUGAAAGAUACCAUUCUAAAGAAAGAAGAGACGGGCACCGCGGACGAGAGACGGGUCGAAAGUUUUGCUGGGUUCAAAGUAAAGUACGACCCAUACCAAGGAUUUAUAGUGAACUAUACGAAGCCUAGUCCUCCACUAAUUCUAUCGUCAACGACAUUACGCUCGGAUGCUUCGGACCCUCACGCAACUAGCACCACCACUCACAAAUCACUAGUCUUAUCACCGAGAAUGACCUCAGUUACCGGAAAAUAUGUUUGUGUCGAUGUGAAUAGUCUCACCACGGAGGAUGUAACGGUGAAGCAUGCAGAUUUCCUCGUCUUUCCCAACCAAACCAAUAUUACGUUUGACACGGGAAGUACAACUUUUGAGUGUUACGCUAAUACACCAGUAAGCCUGAGGGUGUUGGAGCCAUCUUCAAAACUGGAUAGAAUUGACAAAGUUAUAAAUUCGAAAUUUGCUUUGUUGGGAUUUACCCACGGAGCGAAAGCUACUUUCUCCACCAAAGAUCUUAAAGCUAUUGGAAGAAUUGGGUGCGUUGAAACCAGUACUGCGAAACACUUGCACGAAUGGACCUUUGACAAUGGGUUUCUUUGCAAGUGCGAGUGGAACAACACUUUCAACGACAGAUAUAACCGGAGAUAUUACUACCCUUAUUCUCAGGAAGAACCAGAAUUUGGAGAAAGUCCAGACUCGUCGGAGCACAACAGGUACAAUAUGGACUGGGACUAUUUCGAUCCUCCCUAUUUUUACAGUGACAUUACGUGCUACAACGAAAAAGCCACUUCAGUCGACUUCACGAUUCAUCACUGCCAGAAUCCAACCGAGUGUGCCUUUUUUCGACAAUCUUGUGACAAGGAUCCACAAAACUGUGCUACAUUCGCGUCAGACUACUAUCAUCGCUACCCAUUCAUAACGACGAAAAUUUCUAAUCGCACAUCCCAAGCAACUAGCUUUAUGCCGGGAAUUAUAUUGUGCAAUGCUGAUGGAUAUUUGUCAAAUAUAAAUAUAAGUACGGAUUGGAAAGGAGGAAUGUAUUUCAAUGACGACUCGCACAAAAGUGACGUAGAAACUAUGCACUUAAGAUCCAGUGAAAGCCACGUUUUUACGGGUGAUAGAAUGCUGUAUUCUUGCUUGGGUACAAGUUCUGACGUGGUAAAUCCAAUCAUUUGGGGCUUUAAAUAUGACGAUGGAUCCUUCAACUAUUCCUAUUAUGCAUUUGACAAUUAUCAAUGGGACGACAGACUAAUGUUAAAUCAAAGAAUUGUUUCAACCAUGAGAGCGACAUACUUGACAAUUCCGGAACGAAAUGGUUCACAGUUGUAUUGCUUUGCGCCAAAGUGGGACUCUAAAACCUGGGCGCAAGCCAGCAUAAAAUUAACUAUUGAAGAUGCUGACGUCGCUGAAAAUCCACCGCAAUGCCCAACGAAGUCCAACCCAUUCAUUGUAAUGUAUCGCAAUAGUUCUUCCUUAAGCAGAACUCGAGUGCGUCUUCCACAUCGUGUGGAUGGCAGGGACGCUCUCGUAUUCGAUCCUGUAGACUCUGUUUCACUCUAUUGCAUGGCAAAGUUCCCAGUGAUUUGGUUCAAAGAUGGAGUAAAUGUCACAGCCGCUCGUGUUUCCCGAGCCAACUGUAAACGUUCUGACGGAAUCGUUAGCGUUCGUUAUUUGUACAAGAGUACCGUUAGCUUUAAAAUCAGUGACUUUAACGCUACUGGGAAUUACACUUGUCAAUCCAUCUCACCACAUAAGUCACGCCAAACGUCAACUUAUAUUUACGCGAUGAGCCCAUCAAACAGGACAACUUUUGUAGAUGAAGGAAAACAUCACAUAAUUCGCUACCAGUGGACUAACCAUUCUGACGAUUGGAAUACAAAAAAGUGGGUGGUUUUGCCCUGUCGAUUGAACACUCCGGAUAUAAGACCAUUCCUGUUUCUAGACAUUCCCGAAGAGGAACGCAUAGAGAAAGUACCAAUCAACAAGAUGUACUUGCGGUUUAACCCAAAGGUCGGGUUCUCAAUAGACGUUACAUACCGAAAAGUAAUACGUGGGAACAAAACAAUAUUUUUCUGCUCGGACCAUGAAGAUGGCUCCUUUAUCGGGACUAUGAUUACACUCGAAUUGGUUUACGAGAAUCCAAACCCACCUCAAAAUAUGACCCUGACUACGACACAAUCCCCUGCAAUGCCAACAACGCAUAGCCCCACGACACCCACAACCCCACCUACGACUCAUGACCCACACCAUGUUUCUGCAGCAUCGACGGAUAACUCAUCACAAAACAAUUCCGGAUUUAUCGUUGUAACGGUCUUGCUGUCGGCUGUUUGUGUCGGAUGUGUGGGUGUCAUUUUCUUUUUGUACAAAAAAGUUCAGAUGCAGACAAGUAAAACAUUCCCCACGUCGUCGCAAGAGCUCGACUGGACGCGAGCCUUGCAACACAACGCUUCUCAUCCUCCUCCUCCUCCCACUGCGAAUGGAAAUGGUGUCAUUAUUGGGAACGGAAUUCACUCCAGUAGUUCUACCAUUAUGAAUCCGAGCUUCAUUGAGACUCCGAAUAUUCUCGAGUCUUUGGACAGCAAUAGUUUAAUAGCAAAUGAACAGGUAAAUAAUGAUAAUGAGUGCCUGGUAGAUAUUGGUGGUGGUUAUGCUGAUCAAGAUCGGAGUUUAUCAAGCUUGUCAGAUAAUGAUUUCGGGUACAAGAAGUUGUAACUUUAACAAAAUUGUUUAAUUUCAAGAAAACCUUAAUCUACAUUUAACUCGUUUAUAUUAAUGCUAACAAUAAAUACUUUAUAUAAUUACAAGUCGUCA